AUGGCGAAACUGAUGGUGCUUACCCUCCUGGGGCUGGGACUGGCGCUCUUCAGGGACCACCGGUCUUCUCACCAAACGCGAUUUAAUGCUUUCCGAGAAGUAAAACCAGUGGAACUUCCUAACUGUAAUUUAGUUAAAGGAAUAGAAAAUGGCUCUGAAGACUUAGAGAUACUGCCUAAUGGACUGGCUUUCAUUAGCUCUGGAUUAAAAUAUCCUGGAAUAAAGAGCUUUGCACCUGAUAAGCCUGGAAAAAUAUUUCUGAUGGAUCUGAACGAAGAAGAUCCAACAGUGUUGGAACUGGGGAUCACUGGAAGUGAAUUUGAUUUAUCUUCAUUUAACCCUCAUGGGAUUAGCACAUUCAUAGAUGAAGAUAAUGCCGUGUACCUGCUGGUGGUGAGCCAUCCAGAUUUCAAGUCCACGGUGGAGUUGUUUAAAUUUCAAGAAGAGGAAAAGUCACUUCUGCAUCUGAAAACCAUCAAACACAAACUUCUGCCUAAUUUGAAUGAUAUUGUUGCUAUUGGACCUGAACACUUUUAUGCUACAAAUGAUCACUAUUUUGUUGACCCCUACCUACGAUCCUGGGAGACAUAUUUGGGUUUAGCAUGGUCAUAUGUUGUUUACUACAGUCCAAAUGAAGUUCGAGUGGUGGCAGAAGGAUUUGAUUUUGCUAAUGGAAUCAACAUGUCACCCGAUGGCAAGUAUGUCUAUAUAGCUGAAUUGCUGGCUCAUAAGAUCCAUGUGUAUGAAAAGCACGCUAAUUGGACUUUAACUCCAUUGAAGUCCCUCGACGUUGACACACUUGUGGAUAACAUAUCUGUGGAUCCAGUGACAGGGGACCUUUGGGUUGGAUGCCAUCCCAAUGGCAUGAAAAUCUUCUUCUAUGACCCGGAGAAUCCUCCCGCAUCAGAGGUGCUUCGAAUCCAGAACAUUCUAACAGAAGAACCCAAAGUAACACUGGUUUAUGCAGAAAAUGGCACAGUGUUGCAAGGCAGUACAGUUGCUUCUGUUUACAAGGGGCAACUGCUGAUUGGCACUGUGUUCCACAAAGCUCUUUACUGUAAGCUCUAA